GCCAGUUCGCUAGAUUCGCCAUUAGCAAUCAACGAGGUCACAGAGACCUGACGUGCGAAACUCCUCUCUGCAACAAAGAGCUUAGAAAUUAACCGAAAAUGUUCAAAAAUACGUUUCAAAGUGGGUUCCUGUCGAUUCUCUACAGCAUCGGCAGCAAACCUCUCCAGAUUUGGGAUAAGAAGGUCAGAAAUGGACACAUUAAAAGAAUAACAGACAACGACAUCCAAUCUCUAGUUCUUGAAAUUGUGGGUACAAAUGUCAGCACAACGUUCAUCACAUGUCCUGGCGAUGCAAACAAGACGCUCGGCAUCAAGCUCCCAUUUUUAGUCAUGAUCAUCAAGACUAAGAAGUACUUCACAUUCGAGGUCCAGGUCCUCGACGACAAGAACAUCAGGAGACGGUUCAGGGCGAGCAACUACCAGAGCACGACGCGAGUCAAACCUUUCAUCUGUACCAUGCCCAUGAGGCUAGAUGACGGCUGGAAUCAAAUUCAGUUCAAUCUCUCAGAUUUCACAAGGAGAGCGUACGGAACAAACUACAUCGAGACAUUGCGAGUUCAGAUCCAUGCUAACUGCCGAAUCCGACGAGUUUACUUCUCCGACAGACUGUACUCUGAAGAUGAACUUCCCGCAGAAUUCAAACUCUACUUGCCUGUUCAGCAGAAAGGUAACCCCAGGAGUUAAACCCAACGGGACAUGUAAAUGUGAAAACAAAGACACUAUGAAAACAUGACAGCAAUCUGGAAGGACAUGUCUUUAUUGCUGAGAAAGACCUCACUUGACUUUUCAAUCAUGCGAUGAAGUAGAACAUUGGCGGUACGACUUCUGCGAUUCCUGUAUCGUCACAAGCAAAUGGGAUCUGGCAUCCCUUCUGCCGUCGGCGCCAAGAGGAUGUAUUUUCAAAGUACCAUGCCAUCUUGCUUCAGUAUUAGUGAGGCAUGUCUUAACUCAAAUGAUAUUUAUAAUUAAGAAAUGUUGUCUAUUUUGUCAGGAAUGGGGGUAAGCUACAGCCUAGGAAAUAGAAAAGUUGUGAAAUGGUCUCUUUUACCUGGAAAUGGGAAGUAAGCUGAUGAACUAUACCUGCUUAUGGGGAAGAAAGAAGUUGGAAUCUAAGUCAGCAUUCAUAUUCAUAUGGCUCCUUUCUGCAGAUACAGUGAGGACAGAAAUAGAGUUGUGAUAGAAAUGGUUCAUGCUUCUUGUUUACAUCAUGUUUUACCUUUUUUAUGAGUGACAUAUGAUUCACAUACUCCUUCCUUUUUCCUCUUCAAUUUAAGACUUCAAUUUACCUAAUUUCUUAAUACAUGCAUGUUUAUAUUAAAAACAUAAAUUGAAUUGGAAGAGGGGGAGAAAAAAGGCAACCAUGAUGACAUGGUCAUCGACCAGCGAUUGAUUUGAAAUUCUUUCAAUGGGUUAUGUACAAGCAAUGAACAAAGAAUGUUGGUUACUUACAAGAGGCCUUGCUAAAGCUCACUCUUCUCUUUUACAUGUCUUUGUUUUGUAAUUAUAUAUAUUGUUCAAAGUAUGCGUGGUACAUUGUAUCUGUGUCUGUGAUAUUCUGUGCAGUGUAGCACAUUGUGCAUCCAGGGUCAAAGGUCAUUCAUUCAGGCUUUUACUAUUCACUCAUUUGCAUGCCUUGUCGAAACUAUACUUUGGUAGGUACUCGCUUCAUCUACUCACUAUUCCUGUAGAUAGUUGCUAUGUCAUAUUAGUAGUCAACAGCACACUAUUGGCUGCAUGGUAACAGCUCAUGAAAUUGCAUAGUUACCGAUAUGACUAUGUCCAUAUCACUAAAAAUUAGAUUCAAUAACUUCAAUGAGGGAAUUCUAACCCAAUGCCUACAUAAAUUAGGUUGCUCCCAUUUAUAAUUCCAAUUUCUCUGUACAACUCUAGGAAAAUACUGAAUUUUAUGAAAAUUUAAAAGGUCACUUGCAAAUGGUCUGCAUGCUUGAGUUAUAAAUGCUAGUUUUGUGUAUUAAAGAUCCAGAUAUUAAGAUAAAGGGGAACUGGAUUAUUGUCUCUCCUUCUUGGGAACUAGAUAUGGAAUAGUUAAACCAUUAGAAAAGAUUCUUUCACUGCCAUUGUGCUUCUUAAAGAGAAAGAAAGUGGGGGAGACAAAGUAAAGCUUUACAAUUUAUGACAAUGCUAGACUGGAAAUUAAUUUAUCCAAACUCUGUAUGUAAUCUUGAUUAAACUUAAUGUGUACAUAUCAAUCUUGGAACAACAUUUAUAAUGCUGUAUAUAGAUAUAUGUUAUGUAACUCUGUUACAGUACUCUAAAAGGUUUAUUGCCUGGUAUCCUUUCUCAUGCUUUCUCCAAUCAGGCCAUGUUUUUGGCAUGAUCCCAAGUAUUUUUCUUUUCUUUUCUUGAAACUGCUACUAUACAGACCUAAAAUCCAAACGUUAAACAAUUCAUAAAGCAUGUUUACCUUAUAAAUGUACAUGUUUUUGUAUUUAUGAACAAUGUUUCUUAAUGAGAUGGUGCCCUAUGACAUCUAGAGUAUCAUUUAUUUUUGUUUUAUUAUUAGGUUUUACCAACCUUAUUUGCCUUAGGUUUUUGAAGAUGUUGUAUUCAAAAUGCACCAUCAAAAGUAUUGUGCAUAUUAUGAAAAUUAUUUAUGUUUUACUCUUAGAAUUAUGUAAGUUAUUAGACUUCUCAGAUGAAGUGCAUGAUAACUUAUUGGAAAUCACUUAGAAUCGUCAAAUUAUGUUCACGUAAUCUGUUUACAAUCGAAGUCUACUUUGUCUUUUUUAUAUAGUUCAAGACAAAAAUACACUUUAUAAAAAUGAAA